AUGAAGUCCUACUCAAGCAUUGCUGUCGCUGCCCUCGUUGGAGCCGUCAACUCACAACAACUCAUCAUGUCACCAGAGACCUAUUUCGCUCCAGGUGUCAUCUACCCAUAUGUUGAAGCACCACAGUACUACGACCCACUCUAUCAACAAAAGCAUCAACUCAAGGAGCAAGCUUACCUCGAAACCAUGCAAAAAAUCUACGGAACAAAGGUUCAAGGUGGAAACCCACUCGAAGAUGUUGAGAGAGAAUUGAAACAAGCUGCCUACCUUGAAGGUCUAUAAAACAUCCACGGUCACUACAAUGUCCAAGAUCCAAAGGUUGAAGGUGGAAACCCACUCUCAGAUCUCGAGAGAGAAAUGAAACAAGCCACCUACCUCUCAGGUAUGUAAAACAUUUAUGGACACUACGCCAACGUCUAAUCACCACAGUUCGGCUACUACGACCCACUCUAUCAACAAAAACAUCAACUCAAGCAACAAUCAUACCUCGAGACCAUGUAGAAGAUCUACGGAAACAAGGUUCAAGGUGGAAACCCACUAGAAGAUGUUGAGAGAGAAAUGAAACAAGCCACUUAUCUCUCAGGCAUGCAAAACAUCUAUGGUCACUACGCUAACGUUCAAUCACCACAGUACGGUUACUACGACCCACUCUACCAACAAUAGCAUCAACUUAAGCAACAAUCAUACCUUGAGACCAUGUAGAAGAUCUACGGAACCAAGGUCGAAGAUCCAAAGGUUGAAAAGAGAUCUGACCCACUUGCUGAUGUUGAGAGAGAAAUGAAACAACAAGCCUACUUGAGCGGAAUGCAAAACAUCUACGGCCACUAUGCCAACGUACAAUCACCACAAUGGGGAUACUACGACCCACUUUACCAACAAAAACAUCAACUCAAGGAGCAAUCCUAUCUUGAGACUAUGUAAAAGAUUUAUGGAACCAAAGUAGAAUCAUCCAAGGCACUAAAAGAGUUAAGAAACACCCUCGAUUAGGCUGAUGAAUUAUAAAAUAUCGAAGAUCAAUAUGGGCCAUACGUUGAAGCCCCACAAUACGGUUACUACGACCCACUUUAUCAACAAAAGCAUCAACUUAAGGAGUAAUCAUACCUCGAGACAAUGCAAAAGAUUUAUGGAACCAAGGUCCAAGACUUUGCAAGCAAAUUCGCUAACUAUCAAAAUUCUGUGGCCUCAGACACACUACAAGACGCUGCUGAUAAAGUUGUCUCAAAAACAACAAAGUAUGAUAGAUACGGAAAUCCAGUCCUUUCAAAGACUCAAAAAUCUACUCUUGAUCAAAUUGACCUCUUAGCUAGCAACUAUAACGUUAACAACGUUGACACCUAUUCAGAUCUUAGAGACGUUGAAGUUAGAAGCACCAGACAAUGA